UGGCUUUCCACAUACCACCGCUCAUUAUACCAUAGAGAGAGAUGGUUAGAGAGAGAAACAUAUAGAGGGAGAGACAGCACGACACGGUCGUACGGUUCCGGCAACUACAACUAGACCAUAGAUCGUCGGCCACCAGAUAUUUCGCAUUUGAAGCUCGCGAUUAACUGUACAGGUUAGGGUUUUCAAAUAAUCGUAUUGAACCCUCAUGUUGUGGUCGAUUGUGAGUCACAGACUGAGCUUCGCCGUCUAAGUUCUUAGAAGCAAGCUCAGUUGGUUGGUUGGCCGGUUGUCUCCAUUGGAGGCGUCGGUUCGAUCCCCGGCUGGUGCUGGGUAUUGGACAUCUCGGUGAGGGCUUGGCCUGGGGUUUUACCCGGGUUCGAGUCGAGGGGGGGGGGGUUUACCUAUUCAACGGGGUUUCCGCGCAUCAGGGGUGUGCUGCGCUUUCUAGCGGUGGUCGAGUAGUCGGCCUUUGGACAUAGCCCCGAAAGGGUGGGUUUACACGUGGAAAGCAGUUAGCCGUUCAAAAAAAAAAAAAAAUCUUCCGACUUUGUGAUUGUAGGAAGAGUGUGAAUUGGUGAAAAUUGAUAUUCAUCACCGUGUUCAAGGAGAUGUGGUUCUUGAAUGUGUACAUGUGGAUCAUGUUAGGGAGGAGAUUAUAUUUAGAGUAAUGUUUCACACAGCAUUUGUGCGAAGUGGCGUACUCAAUUUGAGUUGUGAUGAAGUUGAUGUUAUGUGGGAUGCAAGAGACCAGAUGCAAAAGAACUUUAAAGCAAAGGUAUGUUUUUUGGAUGCUGAUGCUCUACCAUCUAUAAUCACCACAAAAGGAGAAUUUGACGACAAGAAUGGGACCGAAAGUCCUACACAUGAAGAGUGUUUAAAGGUCGAAGAGAUUUUUAGUAAUGCGGUUGAUGAGCAAAAAAUUAAGGUGGAUGCUGAAAAUGGUGAUAUAGUCUUGAAGGAAGGACCUGUACCAGAAUCCGAAGUUGAUGCAUUUGAAGACUAUGAACCAGAUGAUGGGAACAAAAAACCUGAAAACAGGAUUUUAGUUUGGUAUGAAGAUGCACGGUGGUCGCAACAAUGAAGCACAUUGAGUAGAACCGGCCGCAACGCGCCGGGUACUACUCCUAGUUAUAUAACACUACAAAAAGCAACAUGUACCCCUUUGUUUAACACACAUACCUAUUGGCUAUUUGAUUAAGGCAUACUCUUUUGUUUAAUACAUGCCCUUUUGUUAAACACA